AUUUAAUCAUCUAAAUCUAAGUUGAAUAACUUAGCGGCGUCAAUUUUAAAUUUAGAGAUAGUGUGUCAUUACAGAAUACCAAAUUGAAUUUGACAACUCUAUAUCUAAUUUUAGUUAGUUUUAGAUAUAAGUUGGCAUGUGCGCCACUGAGUCGCAUUAAGCUCUGUAAUUGGAAAACCACCUUACAUAUUCUUUUGCUCUGACAGUUUACAUAUGAUUUUGUUAGGUUUGGAAAAUGGAACGCAGCCUUGCUUCGAAUGCUUCGUAACUUGUAGAAAUUCUUUUGCAAACACAAUUUUUGAACUUCCAAAAAGGACUGAGUUUUGUGACAAAAUUAUGUUCAUUUAGAUAUCAAGCACCAAAUCGAAAUAUUUGAGUAUAGGUAAUAAUUUGUGUCACCAGCGGUGCACUACAAAUAAAUAAAAUGUAAGUAACAUUUUACAAACAUAACAUUAUAAACUUUUUGACACGUUUUCUUAUCAAGAUUUUACUUUAAAGCUUGCCAAGGAAUAGUCGCUAUGGUAUCUACUGAGGUAUGGUUAAUAAAGAUAUUAUUAUGGUUUGCCAUUCCCUUAUCGUAAAUUUUGUUUUGAGGUUAUAAAGUAUACCUGGAACAGUUAGCAUCGAGUGUAUUGUUGAGCAUGUUAUUAUUUACGUACACAGCUGUAAAAUAAAAUUUCUAAGCAACAGCCAGAAAAGGCAUAGAAUAAAAUACACACAGAAAGUACUGAUCUUGUUUAUACAUCUUCAAAGAAAAGAAGGAUAAGGAGAAAAAGGUUACAAGCAGCUAAGAAUUUAAUAAAAAAUACAGGUAAUACCAAUAAAAUCUCAAUUGAAGCUGGAAGUGAUUUACUGCCAAACACUGAUGUAAAUGGACUAGUGGCCAAUACUAAGCCGAUAAUAAUAGACUUAAGUAAAAGCAAUAGUUUAAAAACCCAAGUUGUAACCAGUAAACAGUUCAUCAACUUAGAAAUGUCUUCUCAUGAUGAGAAAAAAUCUAGAGAUGAAGUGCUGGCUGCUAGAGAAGCCAAGAAAUUGGCUAAACUAAAAGGUAAAAAUAAAGCGGGUGCCCCUAUCGAAGUGAAAAAGGACUUACAUACUGAAAGUAUUGUAGAAGCAGAGAAAAAAAAUUGUAAAAGUGAUUUAGAGCCCAAGGUAUCAAAAGAGCCAAGUAAAAGUAAGGAUGAAGUAGAUAGAGCUUUAGCAAAACCAAUUGAGAUUGAAUCAGUAGGAGAUAAAACAAAAGAAGAAAUAAAAGCAGAUAGGGCAGCAAAGAAGGCAGCAAAGCAAGCCAAGAAGAAGAAAGAUGAAGAUAAUGUUGUGGGGUCAGCUGUUAUAAAUAAACCUUUUUCUGAUGUAAAUAAAGUUUCUGAUAAAAAUAAAGCAUCUGAUAUAAAUAAAGCUCCUGAUAUGACUGUUAAAGAUGUUGUAGAUACAUUAAAAGAUAUUGCAGCUGUUGCUAGGGAAGUUCAAGAUGUUACAGCUAAGGUACAAGCUAUCAGUAUGGGACAGAAAAAGACUCCUACUGAAGAAAGUAAAAGCAAGGCUGAAUUGAGAGCUGAGAGACGAGCCAAGCAAGAGGCACAGAGAGCUGCUAAACAGGCUUCUGUACAACAGGUUCCAAAAAUUGAAAAAUCUGAGAGUUCAGAACCUCCUAAAGAGGUCAAAUUAUUGAAAGCUAAAUCAGUUGAAAUAGCUAAGCCAAAAAGUCCAAGUGUUAAUAGGGUGAACUGGUUUGAGCAUUUGCAUGUGGAACAUGACAAAGAUUAUUUAACAAAUAUCCCUAUUAAUUCAAAUCUUCACCCAGCUAUUGUGAAAUUGGGAGUGCAGUUGGCUACCCGGGUUGUGUCUGGUUCAAAUGCUAGAUGUAUUGCGCUUCUUGAUGCUUUGAAAAAGAUGAUACGCGACUACAGCCUGCCCGCGCGCACGGAGUUCUCUCGCGGUCUCGAGGCAGCCCUCACCGCCAGUCUGCAGCAUCUGUGGCGGCUGCGGCAGCCCUGCGCUGCGCAAGAAAACGCCGUUAAGUUCCUGCGACGCCACAUAUCGCAGCUGCCCAACAAUGUCGACGAGUUCGAUGCUAAGAAGACCCUUCAGGAAGAAAUAGACAGGUACAUCAGGGAGCAGAUUGAGAUGGCAGGCGAGGCCAUCAGCCUGGCGGUGCGCAACAAGAUAUCCAACGGAGACAAUAUACUCACUUAUGGAAGUUCGUCUCUGGUGGAGCGCAUCCUUCGCGAGGCAUGGGAGGCUGGGGUUCGAUUCCGGGCCGUCAUAGUGGGGACCCGCACCCGACACGCGCCGCGACACAUGAUGCGGCGGCUCGCGGCCUGCGGCGUGCCCUGCGCCUACGCCGACCUCACCGCGCUCACAUACGUCAUGCACACGAUAGACAAGGUGAUCCUGGGCGCGAGCGCGUUGCUAGGCAACGGUUGCGUGCUGGGCGCGGCCGGCACGGCGCAGACGGCGCUGGUGUCGCGCGCGCACAACGUGCCGGCGCUGGUGGCGUGCGAGACGCACAAGUUCUCGGCGCGCGUGCACACCGACGCCUUCGUAUACAACGAGAUUGGUGACCCCGAUGAGCUGAUAGACAAGAAUGACUCCAAUUCACCACUCAAAGACUGGCGGUCGAACCCUAAUCUGACUCCCUUGAACCUCACCUAUGACGUCACGCCGCCCAGCCUCAUUACCGCUGUCGUCACCGAAUUGGCCAUAUUGCCGUGCACGAGUGCUCCCGUCGUCCUUAGGUUCAAACUUUCUGAAUAUGGAGUUUAAGCUGAUUUGCUUAAAUCUAUUCCUAUAGUUACAAGUUUGCAAUCUUAGGGUCACUCGCACCAAUAUUCUUAAUUUUAUUCAAAUUUAAGGCUUGAUAGUGUUUAACACAUCAUAGUAUGAGGCUUGAACAUAAGAUUUUGAUUUAAGAAGUAUGUGCAAGUGAAAUUUGAGCAAGAUUAUGUUAUAUGCUCAUUCCUCUUAUUUUGUUUGUACCAUAGUUAUUUAAUGUAUAUUCUUAUACUUAAAUAUUUGAAUAAAUAAAUAUUUAUAAUUAAAGUUAGAAGUUUUCUUCAACCAAGCAUCAUCACCACAUUUUUUGCAUAUCCAUGAAGGGCCCAAAUCUGAAGAAUUAAUGCUUUAUAGAUGAUAAUUACGAUUAUUAUGUUUAGUUAAUUACAUGUUUACAAAAUUUCAGUACUUAUGUACCUCUCAUGCUAAAAAUCUUCGAUCUUCAAUUGCUUACUUAUUGUUCCAUCUCAUCGCUCUGAUAUGAUUCACUCGUCCUUCUUUGUCAAAACUAUACUUCUGUGGAACAAACUCCCCCUAGAUAUUAGAAUGUCCACCAACAAAAUUAGCUUCUAAACCAAGUUACGAAGCUUUUUACAGGAACAAGCAGUCUAGCUUAAAGGUUAGUCGUCAUUAUUAUGUAUUAGUAUGUAUAUUUAUAUAUGUAUGUAUAUGUAUAGUUAUUUAUAUAUAUAAAUAAUUAUUUAUGUAUGUGUGAUUAUAUAUAUGACUGCUUCAUAUUUAUAUAUGUUCGUCUUUCUGUAAUUUCCAUGUAAGUUGUGCACCCUACCACUAUUUAUCCACAACACCCUAUGGUUGACUGGUAGAGAAUGUCUAUGGAAUUAAGUCCACCUUUGUACACUUGUGCAUUAUGUAUAAAUAAAUAAAAUAAUUCUCAAAACAGUAUAAAGGCAUUUCAUAGGAUUUUUUUAAAACAAACAAUGUAGAAUAAUUAAAACCACUUUAUUUCUGCCCAAACACUCACAGUAAUAUGCAGAUGCAAGAGAACUGAAUGUUACAUUCAAACUUACACAUAAUUAUAAAUUAAUCUUUAUGCUGAUGUUCAGACUUAUGGAUGGAGAAAUCUAAUCUUACGUAUAUAAUAACACACAAGAACAGUGCAUACAAGAAACCAACAACCAGUAAAGGUUCCUGCAACAUUAGUAAGCGAGGGAAUGUGUAACGCAGUUGAAAAUCUUGAAUGUGAUUUUCAACAAGAUUGUUCUUUUUAAAUGUUAUAACUGGACGGCCUUUUGUAUCCAGAUAAGUGUAAUGCAGACUAUCAGGAAGCCUUGUAACAGGAUAUGGGAUAUUUAGCUUAAUUCCUGUAGAUCCCUCUGGCAGAAUUAUCUUUGUUGUUAAUUCAUCCACUUGCAUGUCAUCAAAAAUGUGAUCUAUAACUCGCAUUUUCAACAGAUACUCAUUGCCUGAGUGAUACAAAUAUUCAUAACUCGGCACAUUGUAUCCAAGAGUGUAAUGGGUUCUCCAUCCACCAAAGAGUGGAUAACGAGGUCUAAGGUCUAACUCGACGGAAUCUUUUUUCACUUUCAUGUUGGAUGUAGAUAUAUUUCCGUUUGUGUCGCGAUAGUACACAUCAGAUGCAGAAGCUGGCAACAAAGUCUUGUAGGAUCUGACACUAGCAGGGCCGCUAUGAUGGUCUUGUUGGUAAUCAUAGCGAGAGAAAGGUCCCUUCAGUUUAGCUCCAGUAUGUUCAACUUCAAUCAGUUCUUCAACAGCUAUAUUCCCCCAAUGUGAUACCUCAAUAAGUCUUUCAACACGUGUGACUGUUAGGAAAGGAGAAUUAUUUUUGUAGUGAAUACUUAACUCCUUCUCACUGUAAGGAACCAUAUUAGAAUAUGGACCAUAUUGAAUAGAGCCAUCUUGCUGUGAGAAUGGCUUGACUUUGGUAAAUGUUUCAAUGCUCUUAGUAUUUAUGGCAACAUUAGUUUUUUGCGAUGUGACUGGGUAUGGAGAAUAUACAUAAAGGUUGCCAGUGUACUUGACUAAUUGGUCCUCUUGUUGUGUUAUAGCAGUGGGAUACGGCUGUAGAGCUUUGGUGAAUACUGUUUCCGCUGUGACCACGACGGUGGAACCGGCGUUCAAUGGCUCUUUGAGGUCAACACGCCAAAACUUGAUGUUGGCAUUACCUUUGACUGUUGAUUCAACAGUUCGUAGAUCUUUAUUACUACUAUCCUUAGCGUUUAUAGAAGCUAAGUUAUCUUUCGCAGAAGCCUCGAUAGCCAAAAGAAAGUUCUUCACCGGCGAUUUGCCACUAUUCUCCAGGGUUAUUUUCGAAGUAAUUUUUACAAGUUGUGAGGUGAGAUCUAUCGUUCUGUCCACAUUUUUAAAUUUUAUAUCACUAGACACAGUUUCUACAUUAACUGAUUCACAUUUUGUCGUAAUAUAAAGAAUGAAUAAAAUAAAAAACUGGAUUUUCGUCGUCACCGGCAUUGUUACAGCUUUGAUGACAUUUGACAACGUCUUCGAUGGUGGACGGAAGUACACGCCAUCACUUAGCUUUGACCGGAAACGUCUAUUGUGUAGAGAAAUGGUUGGCUAUUCUAUUUCAUUGACUAUUAUCUAUGUGUAACAUGUUUCCUCUCGCUUUCCUGCAAUUUGUAGGAGUGAUUUCGUGAAAUGGG